AUGCGGGCCUUUAUCGAGCUGUCGCAGAACUCCUUCACCAUCUGGUGCACCGCCAAUGCCGUUCCCAUCUCCCCGGGCUCUGUCCCUCAGCCGUGUCUGGACGAGGUGGUGCUGGAUGCCUCCUUUGCGUGGGGUGAAAGCAAGCUGUCCACCCUCGACGUGGUGGUCAACGCUAUCGUUGUGCCGAGCGCGAACUCGGACGUCGACGUGCCUGCUGUUCUGACAGGAUCGUUAAGCUACGACUCAUCAACGAAAUCAUGGGGUCUCAAGGGUUCCAUCAAAGGGCUAUAUGCCUCCGUUUUGGUCGAGUUCCUUGACCAAGACGCAAAGGAUCACGUCGGGCCCUUGAUCGAAUCCAUCGCCAUCGACACACUGACUGCCGAGUACAAGUACGGGCCUGUAAGCGAGGGGACUGACCAGGACAAGACCAGGGGAAGCAAGUUCAUAAUUAAGGGCGACCUGCUCAUUGCCUCAUUUCGACUGAGCCUCAACUUUAGACAUGAUAGGGACGGCUUCAAUAUCUCGGCCGCCCUCAAUCCGAAGGACAAGGACGCAGGUGCCAAAAUUGGCGAUGUGCUGGCUGCAAUUCUGGGAUCGGACAUUGAGCUGCCAGACUUUGUGUACAACACGAUACUCGUGGGCGACAGAGAGGACGUGUUCAAAAUGGCCGUUGAAAAGAGAAAGACAACGGUCAAAAACGUCACCACAAAGACGUUUCAGUUCCUGGCGCAGUUCAACAUCAACCAGCUACACAUUGACUUUGCACAACUCCACAACACGGAAUGGGCCGCUACGGCGCCGUCCAAACGACUGGUAAAGGUUGCCAUCAGCGGCUUUACAGGCAUCGAAGUCGAAAUUCCACUUAUCGGUACUUUGACACAGCCUCUCGAUGAGCUGUAUUUCCAACGGGUUCAGGAUCCACCGAGGAGCAACGCCGCGCCUGGACAGCUGACAGGCCUGACUCGCCUGGACAUCGAUCAGCUCAACAGUAGCUUAUCCGACCGGAUCAUGGUCCGAGACAAGAUCAAACCCGAUCAGCAGAAUCCCAAGGAUCUUUUGGCGGCGGGCGGAUGCCACUUUGCCGUCAUCAUCCGCAGCACCACCGUCGAGCGGUCAUGUCUGCUCAACUACAACUUUAUGAAGCCGAAAACUUCCACCAGCACGACAGGGAAGGCCGUGGCCGAGGCAGACGAUGGCGGGCCAAGUGCUCAGGCCCCGUUCAAGAAGGUGGCAGGACCCCUGUCCAUCAGCAGCGUCGGGUUCAAGUACAAAGACAAGAAACUGGCCAUUAUCCUCACGGCCGAGUUCGAUACGCUCCACGAUUUCCCCAGAAUCACGCCAAAUCUCGAGGGCCUUGCAGCGUCCUUUGACAAGCCGCCAAUGUCUAUUGCAAGCAUCAUUCGCCAUGGCAGUGACGGCACUCUAGAUUACUUUGCCGACGGCUUGAAUUUUGGCUGGAGGCCGUAUGAGUUCCAGGCUGCGGGAUUCUACGGCAUAAUGACGCCCGCCGGCAGCAGAGGCGAGCUCCGAACCGUCUUCGUCUUUGCAAAGCUCACCGGACCCCUCGUCACGCUUCAGUUUGCCGAGAUUGCGGCGUUCCCCUUCAUCGCCAGCCUGGGGCUCAGCGGCAACGACAAUGCGUUGCAAGUGCUGGAGAAGCUGGUCGACCCAAGGCCGGGCGGGUGGUUCCAGCCGCUCGACAAGGUGUACUGGGCCGCCUUGGGCAUGCGGAUCAAGGCCUUCCAGAUACUGAGCGUCGAUGCCGUUUCAGUGUCAAACGUCGGCCAGUUCGUCUUUACCCUCGGCGGCUAUCAUCAAGCGUAUCGUGUGCCCGUGGGAUACCCAAAUCCACCUCGUCUGAGCAUCAGCUGGAGUUUAGGGGGCGGCCUCAUAAUCUCGGGCCAGGCUUACUUUGCCAUCACGCCUAAAGCCUGCAUGGCCGGCGGCCGUCUGCAUGCCUCAUUUAGUGCAGGGCCCAUUUCGGCCUGGUUCGAUGCCUUUGCCGACUUCCUCAUCAACUACAAGCCCCUCCACUUCGAUAUGCAGGCAGGGCUCUCUGUUGGAGUGGGCUUCAGCAUCGAUAUUUGGUUCAUCCACAUCCGCAUCUCGGUCGAGAUCGGGGCCGAGCUUUACCUUUGGGGACCGCCGGUGGUUGGCCGUGUCCAUGUCGACUUCUGGAUCGCCGCCUUUGACAUCAACUUUGGCGAUUACUUGCAACACGACAAUAGGGUCACUCUGUCCCAGUUCUACCUCCUUGUCCUGCACACGUCAUCGCCGGCCUCAAUGGCGUCGGCGGACAAGGCGCUUCUCGCCGUGGGCAAUGAAAAGGAGGGCCAAGAGAAGGAGCUUAAGGCUGCCCUCUCGCGGCCAAAGAACGAAGGGCACAACUUCCUCGCCCAAUCCGGACUAAUGAACCCAUUCGACAAGCCGGAGCGGGAGCAGAACGAGCCUUGA